GCACUUCACAGGUUUCACCAACUCGUUCUCAUCUCUUUGCGCUGUCCUCCGGCAAAAAAGGCAUUUCUUCCUCCUGUUGUCGGCGCAGCGCCGCCACACGGGUGCUGUGACGGGACGCCGGCGGCGAGGGGCUUGCGGGGUGGUGCGGCGGCCGGCAGCGGCGAGGUGCUCUGGUUGUCAAGCGCCGGGAAGAUCCAUCAGUCAGGCAAAGGAAAGGUGCUUACAUAGGUGAUAUAAACAGAAAAGUGUACAUGGCACAACAAGAGCACAACAUGGUCACAAAAGGCACUGAAAGACUGGUUGCUGGCGCACAACUAUUUGGCCAUUCUACAAGGCAACCAUUCUACAUGAUUCAACCUUCGGAAGAAGUUGUUCAGAAGGAGAAAUUCUAUUAUCACUGCCUACUGAUCACAUCUGAUGUCAGUAACCUGGACCUGAGAAAAGUGAAAGUUGAAGUAAGCAAGUUUUGGAAGCUGACUGACUGGGAGAUAAGGACAGAAGGCAGACAUAAUUUCCUAGUGUCCUUGAACUCAGAGGAUGACCUAGUAAGCUGUUUAAAGAUUCCAAGAAUAGAAACAUCAAUAGAUGAUAAGGAGGUGAACUUUACUGUAGCAAGAUGGAAGGAAGAUGAUGAUGAAAACAUUGAAUUGAUUAGAGAAUGGAUUUUAGUUUAUGGGGUCCCAAGGAUAUACAGAAACUGGAAGGAGCUAUAUCAAAUUGCAUCAGCAGUCGGGGUAUUGAUUGAUGUGGAUGAGGAAAGUUUGGAAGGUGACCAUAAGGAGCCUAUUAAGUUAAAGGUUGCAUUGAGAGGUGUCGAUGCUUCUCCUUUCUCAUGUCACUUUGUGUUCGGGUGGUAUUCAAGAUGUGUUACAUUCACAAUAGAAGACAAAGCACAAACCACAGAAUGUGAAAGGGAGGUCUUGGAAGAUUGCAAUGGUGAAGAUCAUCCUGAUGAAUUUGGCAAGGAAUACAACAACAAGACAGACAAACUUAUUGAAAUGCCUCCAGAAAUACUGAAUAAAGGGAUGAAUUUGGAGAGCAGUAGUCAUGACACUAGUAUUGUUGUUUCAACUCACAACCAUACAUUGGAUGUCAAAGGCUGCUCAGACAAGGAAUUAGAGGCAAUAGAAUCAGCUGUAUUAGUGGAAGAGCCAAGCUCCAUUGAGGAUAACAACAUAAGUGCUCCAGUACCCACUACAACCAUCAUCUCUGAAAAGACAGCAGAAGACAGUCCCCGGGCUGGAAGGGAGCAGUCCAUAAGUGGAAGUUCAACUAGCAUGAUUGGAGACACGCUCUUCAAAGCCACUGUGAUCCACUCCAAGAAAACAACUGAAGACAUACCAAAAGCUGAAGGGGGGCAAUCCACAAGUGGAAAUUCAACAAGCAUAAUUGGAGAAGAACCCUUCAGAGGUAUACAAAAACCACCUGUCAAGAUUGUGUAUGCAAGAAGAAAUAAAAGAUCCAUGGAGAAGCAGGAUUACAAAAGCUUCCUAGAAAAACAACAUCAGAAGGAAAUGGAAGCAGCUAUAGUGGGCCAAAGGCAGAAGUCGGAUGAUGAGUCUGGAGGAGAUGGAAACAAUAAAGACAGCAAUUCGAUUGCUCCAUCUGCCAUUGCAAUCAACUCUAAGAAGAAGCAAACAACAAAAGACAUUGUGACAACUCAAGGAGCACAAUUUAUCAGUGAGAGUUUAAUUGGAGAAACUCAGACAAAAGGAACCGGAGGAGCUCAGUUUAAUGCAAAUCAACACAUUUCUAAAAUGAGCAAACAGGAACACAAUGAAAUCUUUAAGAGUUUCAAUGAGAUGGGUCUCCAAGAAAGCCUACUGAAGGGAAUAUAUGCAUACGAUCUGGAUAAGCCUUCUGCAGUCCAUCAAAGAGGAAUUGUCCCACUAUGCAAUGGUCUGGACAUUAUCCAGCAGUCACUGUUUGGAACAACUGUGACCUUGUGCUGUGGUAUUCUGCAACGACUAGAUUAUGCAUCUACAGAAUGCCAGGCUUUGGUUCUUGUACCAACACAUGACUUAGCACAUGAGACUCAAAAUGUUAUUGGAGUACUUGGUCAAUUCCUAAGUGCUAAAGCUCAUGCUUUUUGUGGAGGGACUAGUGCCCAUGAGGACCAGCAAAUUCUGUCUACUGGAGUUCAGGUUGCUGUUGGCACCCCUUGUCACGUUCUUGGCAUGCUGCAAGGUAGAGCACUCUGUCCAGAUCACAUUAGAAUGUUUGUCUUGGAUGAAGCGGAUGAAGUACUGAGAGGUUUCAAGGACCAGAUCCAUGGUAUUAUCCAGUUUCUUCCAACCAAAACCCAGUUUGGGUUCUUCUCUGCUAGUAUGUCCCAUGAAGCUCUUGAGAUGUGCCGCAAGUACAUGAAUAAGCCUGUGGAAAUCAUUGUGCCAAGAGAUGAAGAACUUGAGGGUAUCAAUGUCAAGCAGUUCUAUGUUAACGUUGAGAAGGAAGACUGUAAGCUGGACAAAUUGUGUGGUCUUUUCGACACAAUGGAAAUCACACGGAGCAUCAUUUUUGUCAACACUCGGCAUCAUGCCAAGUCAUUGACAGAAAAGAUUAGAGGCAAGGGGUACACUGUCUCAGCAAUUCAUGGAGGCAUACACCAAAGAGCCAGAGACAAAGCUGUUCAGGAGUUCCAGUCUGGAUCAUCCCGUAUCCUCAUCACCACUGAUCUCCGUGGCAUCGAUGUUCUGCGUGCCCCUGCUGCCAUCUUCUACGAUCUGCCGACGCAACCAGUCUGCUACCUCCGUCAUGUUCAAAGUGGGCAGCAUGGACGGAAGGGUGUGGCCAUCAGCUUCAUAACUAGCACCGAUGAGCGUGUGUUCUCUACCAUCCAGAAGUUCUGCAACACCCAAAUAGAGGAGCUACCCUCCAACGUUGCAGAUCUCCUUUGAGAAGCGUUUACCCAAUAGUCUUAUCUCUAUUGUCUGCAUAUGUUCCUAGUUGUGUUGAUCAAUUAGAUUUGCAAUUUUGCCUUAGGGACACUUUUCAUGAAUAGAAAUCUUGGUUGGAAUUGUAUGGAAUUUGAACUUCGAUUUACCAGCUGUUUAUCAUCGCUCUAUUAUAUAUUGGCUGGACGUGCGGAUUCAGUUGUU